CGUACCUGAUUGCAGAGUCUACAGGUGAAGAACUGGUGAAGUUUCGAUUGGUUGGGAAUGACAUGCUGAUGUACUGUAAAAGAUUCACCAAAGGCAGCAAUUUCCAGUGGAAGUGGAUCUCUUCUGACUUACAAAGCACAGCAACAAUUAAAAUAGAAAGUAACAAAAUAAUAAGUGAGCAGAAUUUUCAAAGUCGUCUGGAAUUUUCCCCUGGCUCAGCGUUAAAACUUUUACCUGUGACUUUUGGAGAUGCUGGAAAAUAUGAAUGUCAUUUUUCUGACCAUAUUGGGAAGCCUAUACAUCUCAUUACCAUCAAAGUGACUGCAUAUCCCACAACAGAAGUUUUCCAUGGACAACCUGUGUCACUGACGUGUUCUCUGUCCUAUCCUUUACCUAAGAAUGACAUUGUGCUUGUCUGGGCCAAAACAGCUAAAAUGCGUUCAGUUCCUCUAAAGACUCAUAUUCUGAAAAAUGAAGAAACAAAUAGCAGUGUGUUAGUUGAAGGUGACAGUAUAGAGAACAUGAACUGGACAUGUAUCGUUUUUCAUGAAGGGACUUUGGUGGCUUUCAUACCAGUUGAAGUACAGUAUAAGCACAAUGCAUAUGAAUAUACUACGGUGAUUUAUAAAACAUCACUAAAUCCAACCACAGAUGAAGAGGAAACAGAGGAGAGUAGCAAAUUGAACAUGUUAUAUUUUGUCAGAAGUAUUUGUUUGGUACCGGCCUUUGUUGCAAGUGUUCUAAUUCUAUGUAGAACAGUUAAACGAAAAUAUACAGAUGUUCCCGGUGCUUAACUGUAUUUUGUUGAAAGCAGAGCAAAAGACCCAGAACUGCAGUUAUGUCAUUAAAAGAAAGUGGCAAUCUGCUGUCUUUAUUACAUUGUUAUGAUAUGUGGAUGCCUCUGUAUUAUAUAUGUUUAUGACUACUUCAAAUUAAACCAUUUUAUGCACUGUAUUAGACUGAAGGAUAAAACCUUAUGCAUGUCAAAUUAACUACAUGCUGCUUUACCUUUGCAACAGAGACUCCGCCCAAAACAGAUUUCUUUAUCUUGAGCAGAGAUAGAUAACCUACUUUUCCCUUAAAUGAUGGUUAAUCACUUGUCUACAGGGUCCUUACAUCCCCUUCCUGCCCAAGUCAUUUGUUUUAGCUUUCAGCGC